CAGAAACUAAAAUACUUCAGCGGAAGGUGGAGCGUUCAAGUGCAAGCGGCAACUCGGCAGUGUCCAGAGUGAAAGGAAAUUCUUUCAGCCUGCCCUGUUUUAAUCGGAGAGAAAGGAAUGCAUCGCGAACACAUCCAGACCAGAGAAGAAGACUUAACACACUAGUCAGUCAAGCCCUAACUGAACUCAAGAAUAAAUUGGAUUUUCAACCUCUGGAAUAAAACCCCCCGGGAUCGGGAGUCCUUCCCGGUGGAAUUCCAUGAUGUCCCUCUCUGUACGACCCCAGCGGCGCAGUCUGGUGGUCAGGAUCAAUAGGAGCCAGUCGUUUGCAGGGGUCAACUCCACCCAGGACAAAUCUUACAGGAAUUUCCCUGCGUUCAGUACACCGACGGUCUCCAGGAAGUCUGGCUCCAGGGUCAGUAGGAUGUUUUCAAUGUCUCAUAAAUCCCCUCCGCCCAAGGUGCCCCAGCCAGAGAGACUCGACGAAGUAUACGAAGCGUUGAAGAAAGGCUUAAGUGCUUACCUGGAAGUGCACCAGCAGGAACUGGAGAAGCUGAGUACCCAGAUCCGUGAAUCCAAGAGGAAUUCUCGCUUGGGCUUCCUCUAUGACCUUGACAAGCAAGUCAAGUCCAUCGAGCGUUUCUUGCGCCGUUUGGAGUUUCACGCUAGCAAGAUUGAUGAGCUCUACGAGGCGUAUUGCAUCCAGCGACGGCUCCGAGAUGGAGCUCACAACAUGGUCAAGGCCUACACAGCCGGUUCCCCUGGCAGCAAGGAGGCCCGGGAGAGCUUGGCCGAAGCUGGCAAGGGCUACAAGGAGUACACGGAAAAUAUGUGUCUGUUGGAGAGUGAAUUGGAAAGCCAAUUGGGAGAGUUCCAUAUCAAGAUGAAAGGAUUGGCUGGCUUUGCUAGGCUUUGUGCAGGCGACCAAUACGAGAUCUUCAUGAGGUAUGGGCGCCAGCGAUGGAAACUACGGGGUCGCAUUGAAGCCAACAGCAAGCAAGUCUGGGAUAGUGAGGAGAUGAUCUUCCUGCCCCUUAUUACAGAAUUUCUGUCUAUCAAGGUGACGGAACUUAAGAGCUUGGCUAGCCAUGUCGUGGUGGGCAAUGUCUCCUGCGAGACCAAGGAUCUCUUUGCCGCCCUGCCCCAAGUGGUGGCAGUUGACAUCAAUGACCUUGGCACAAUCAAGCUAAGCCUGGAGGUCAAUUGGAAUCCGUUUGAUAAAGAGGACCAACCGUCUUCUGCCAGUACUGUGAACAAGACAUCGACGGUCAACAAGCGGUUCUCCACAUACAACCAGAGCCCUCCUGAUACCCCUUCCAUGAGAGAACAAGCCUUUUACAACAUGUUGCGGCAGCAGGAGGAACUGGAGAAUGGGGCAGCCUGGUCCAUCUCUUCAGAAUCGUCUGAUGACUCUUCCAGCCCCCAGCUGUCCGGAAGUGCCCGGCAUUCAUUGCCCAGGCCUAUUGUGCAACCUGCAGUGCAGGCCACUGCACCAGCCAUUGAAAUUGCUUUCACCCACCCCGAGGACAAGGAACCGGCAACCCGAGAGGAGGCCGCCAUGGCCAAUGGACACGUGUCCUAUGCCCGGACUCUUAGCCAGAUCAGUGAAGCAAGUGUAGACUUGCCCAUCGCAGAAGAGAGGGAAUGUCUUGUCCCUAAGGAGUCUAGCCCUUGGGAGGUCCCGCCCUUGGAAACGAACUCCUCACCCCCAACUGUGGGCUCACCACUAGACACUAAGAUCUGUGAGGAUGAAGAGCAAGAAGAUGAGCCCGAUGGGGCCACCCCUGUUGGAGAGGAGAGUGAGGACACGCCUGGUCCAGCCCCAGAGGUUCAACAGCUCAAGUCCUCCUUGGCCCCACCAACCUUGGGACAGCUUCAGCCGCCAGGGAUCUCAGAAGCUCCAAGGCCCAAACCUGUGGACUCUGGCCUGGAAGAGGCCAUCAACACACUGGCUUCUGCUCUAGAUGACUAUCGGGGCCAAUUCCCUGAGUUGCAGGUUCUGGAGCAGGAACUCAAGCAUCUUGAGGAGAUUCUCUUGCAAAAACAAGGGCUGUGCCUGAGCCGAGCCUCGAGUACCAGCUUGACGGUGGAACACGCGCUCGAGAGUUUCAGCUUCCUCAAUGCUUCUGAAUCGGAAGACUCCGAAGGAGAUGAUGACAAGGUGCCAAGCAACAGCCAGGCUCCAUCUGUGGGCAAAAUGCCAGGGACUGCUGACAUGGUGGCUGAAGACUCGGCUGGGUGCCUGAACUCGGAAGGCAGCUUGGAGCCCAUGACCACUGGCAACGAAUUCCUUGACCGGGCCCUCGUCUUGCAUCUCAACCACUGCAACCGCUUGCUGCUAAAGCUGGGUAACUUUGGGCCUCUCCGCUGCCAGGAAAUGUAUGCUCUUGACAGGCUGGGAAGAGACGUGCAGGUUUUAGAGAUGGCCAGUCGUCUGAUCGUGGACCGAGCGGGGAUGGCCGGCUCUGCUGAGGAAGUGGUACAGUUCUCAAAGUGGAAAGAAGGAGUUUUCUCUUUCUGGGACAGAUGUGCGGCUGUCCCUAACGUGUACACCUGCUCCGUAGAAAAAUUCAUGCAGAACUUUAAGGCCGAAUAUGCAGCACGCAUUAAUGACCGUCAGCCAGGCUUGGCCGAUUCAGUGUGUGUAAAGUUGGUGGAAGAACUUUUGGGGCACAGGCUGCCCAGGCGUCAGGGGAGUUGUCAGGUCGAGCAGGUCACCCUCUUUCAAUAUUGGAGCCACUUUGAAGUCCUGCCUGUGGUUACACUGGACUCCUACAUCAUGGAGCUGGCUGAAGAAGUCCUGUUAGCACAGAACCUGAAUUCUGAUGACCAAGAUGUAGUCUUGAAGGCGCUGAAGCGAGUCCCCGAAAGCCGGCUACGCAAAGACGGACUGAAAGCUUUGAGUUUGCUCCUUGUGGAAGGGAACACCAAAGUUAUUGGGGCUGUAACGGCACAAUUGCGCAACCUGUCAGAGAACCCCAGUUUUCGGGAGCGGGCCCUGAUCUGCUUCCUGGAGCAGUUGGAGGAUGAAGAGACACAGACGCGGGUAGCUGCCUGUGCAGCUCUAGGCUGCCUUAAGGCCAAGGAGAGCAUUGAACAGCUGGUAUAUCUGUGCCAAACUGACAAGGAAGCCGUGCGGGACGCAGCCAAACAGAGCCUCCUUCUGUGUGGGGAUGAUGGCAAGUCAGCUCAUCGAAGGCUAGAAGAAUCCCUGGACAAUUUGCCACGGAUCUUUGCCCCAGGCAGCAUGGCCAGUACUGCAUUCUGAAGGAUGCAGGAUCGAUCCACCACCUGAUCCUUUGCUGGGCACGGACCUUGCAUGCCGCAGAACUUCAGCGGAGUCCUUCGAACUGAAGUCAAAUUGGCCUCUGGCGGAGUGGGCAGCUCUGUCACUUGUGGGGCAUGCCCACAGCAGUAUUCGUACCACUGGCCUGCUGCCUUAUGUGGAGAAUGCCUUCUUAGCUCAUUGGCUCCAGAAGCAGCACGGAGGGGGGGGAGAUCCCUUCUGCGGUUUUCAUCCUCCUACAGAAGCCUACUGAAUCCGGAGGAUGGUGUUGAACUGGGCAGGUUAUCAUUAUAGCCAGGACCGAAACGGAUCCCUUUCUAUUUGGAUCUGCUGGAGGAAACUAGCAACGGUAGGAAAAGCCAUCGGUUUGAGAUACACCGGAGAGGAGUGUAUGAGAUACAUUGAAGAUGCACAUUGAAAAUCCUGCUUAAUGUUUAACCUGUUCUGUUUCUCCACUGUUCUCUCCACUCUGUGGGACUGUAAAUCUCGCAGGCCAGCUAGAUCCUCUUGUUAGGGCUUUGGAUACAUUGCAGAUUUUUUUCUCCUCUGGAUUUGCAAGAUGGAGAGAGAGAAAAAAACGACAGGAAGGGAAUCCUUUAUUCCCAGCGAGGGAAAGGAAAACGAAAAGUCUUCAUAAUGACGAUGCUAUGGAAGAUGGAAACGUAACGGGCAAAAGUUGCCUCUUCUUGUGCUAUUUUAAUAUUUUUUAUGUACAUGUGUGUGCGUGUGUGCGUGUUGGGGUGGGGAGGGAGGCAGCGGCCAAAUGGAAGCAAAAAGUCCUUUUCUACAAAGUAUCUAUAAAUUUAUCUGUACAUCCACAUAGCUAUAAAUAUAUAUAUAUAUAUAAUGUAAUUAUCAAGAGGUUUGGCUAAUUUUGACUUUAAGCCUGAAAUAAACAGAAGUUUGAGCAAAUGAAAGUGUGUAAUUUUGUGGACUUUUGUUUUGGGGCGAAGGGGCAUCUUUCCUCAGAAGCUGUAGGAAAGGCAAACGAAUUAGGUCAGCAAAAUGUAAGAGUUUUAUUUUAUCAUCUAUUAAACAAAGAAGACAUUUCAGUGGUUUUUUUUUCCUUUUGCCCUCACAAGGCAGAUGGGCAAUUUUGAGGAUCGAACACACAAGUCAGCAUAUCUAUUUUUUCAGGGCCGAAAAACUAUACUAUAUUCAUUUCUAGUUUUCCUUUAAAAUAUUCAAAAUAGUUUUUCAAAAAAGAUAUUAAAACAACGUGCGGGGGAAAAACCCAAGCUUACAAAAAAUAUUUCACCGAUUUAUCUAAAAGACGACUUCUCGGGAGCUGCUACAGGUAGUCCUCCCCUUAACAAGCACAAUGAAGCCCAAAAUUUCUGUUACUGAGACAUUUGCUAAGUGAGUUUUGCCUCAUUUUACGACUUUUCACGGUUGUUCAGUGAAUCACGGCAGUUGUUAAGCGAGUAACAUGGUUGGUCAAUGAAUCUGGCUUCCCCGUUGACUUUGCUUGUCAGGUCACAAAAGGGGAUUACCUGACCCCGGGACAUUGCAACCGUCAUAAAUAUGAGUCAGUUGCCAAGUGGCUGGAUUUGGAUCACGUGACCAUGAGGACCAUGGUCAUAAGUGUGGAAGAUGGUCAUAAGUCGCUUUUUUUUCAGUGCCGUUGUAACUUCAAACGGUCACUAAACAAAGAGUCGUAACUUGAGGACUACCUGCAUUCUAGAUCUGAAAAGGUGGAAAAAAAAUCCUAAAGAAAAAAACCAAGGAAAAUGGUUCCUCCUGAGAAUUCUUGAGCAUUGUCUCCGUUCUUUGCCACUGUCACAAAGAAAAAUUUAAGAUCACUUCAGAUUGCCCAAGAACAUUUGCUCCUGUUCUGUCCUGUCCUCAGAAGCCCAUUGGAUUUAGACCGCUAAUACGUUCAAUUAAAUAUAUAAAUAACAAUGCCUGAACGGGAAACGUUGGGAACAGAAUGUUAAGAAGGAACUAAACUGUGUGUUUCAAAAGACUAUAAAUCAGGGGUGCCAAACUCAAGGCCCGCGGGCCGAAUCUGGUCCGCAGAAUGCUUAGAUCUGGCCCGCGGGCUGCCCUGAAAGCUGAAGGACCGGCCUGUGGUGCCUCUGCCCCCGUUUUCAGCCGCGACGGCCUCCUGCAGCCCUCUGCCAGUGAAAAUGGAACCGAGGGGGACAGACGUGGCUCCCCAGACCCCGUUUUUGCUGGCAGAGGGCUGUAGGAGGCCAUCGCGUAUAAAAACGGGGUCUGGGGGAACACGUGUGCUCACCGGGUCCCCGUUUUUGCUGGCAGAGGAGGGAUAGGAAAGGAGAAAUCAUUUCCAAUUAAAGAAAACCAGGGGAAUUGUAGACCCAGCCUGUGGAAGGAAUUGAGGGGAUCCAAGUUAGUACACUAUAUGGUGGCAAAAAAAAAAAACCCUCAAGUCUAAGCAUCGCCUUUUCCAAAUAGCAUAUUUUUCUUUUUUUUUAAAAAAAACUACAUUUUGGAAAGUUUAUGCCCUUU